AUGAGAUCCUACCCUCACCCGCUGGUGUUAGUGUGUUGGGGGGGGGGGCACACACACACCUACACACUGACACCAGCUGGGAAAGACAGUUCCGUGCCGGGUGUGGGUGGCUACCGAUGCCACGGAGGCCUGAAGAAGGCGCGGUGGUGGCGGCGCGGGUGCGCAGAGGCGUCAGGGGCGGCGCGGGCGGGCGCGCUGCGCGAGGCGCGGCCGGCGCGGCUGCUGGCGUGGCUGAGCGAGGCGGCGGAGCGCGUCAUGGGCGGCACCUCGGGCGCCGUCUACUCGCUGCUGCUGGCGCGCGCCGCCCGCUCCCUGGCGCAGGAGCCCUCGGCGAUGGACGCCGACGCCUGGGCGCGCGCCUGGCGGGCCAGCCUCUACGGCCUCGCGCACUACAGCACGGCGCGCCCCGGGGACCGCACGCUGCUGGACGCCCUGGAGCCCGCGUGCAGGGCGUUGGAAGCGGCGCCCAAGAGGGACUGGGAGGACGUGAAGGGCGCGCUGCUCUCCGCGGCCGACGCCGCCGCCAGGGGCUGCGACGCCACCAAGGACAUGGAGCCCAGGGUGGGGCGCGCGUCCUACGUGGACCGCCAGCGCGUGCAGGACGUGGACGCCGGGGCGUUCGGGGCCGCUGUGUGGAUUCGCGCCGUGGUGGAGGAGCUGUGCAAAGACUAGCCGACGCGACGGCAUUGCACCGCAUUCCUUCAAGUUACCUGUGCACAAUGUGGACUCGUUUGGUUUUGAACAGUUGCAACUUGUACGUUGUAAUAAGAAGUAAAAUGUUGGUGUUCAGAUGGCAGGUGAUGUCCUACAGGGUAACCAAACGGACUGCAUUGCCUGAGAAAUUGUGUUAUUUGCCAAGAUUGUAUUUUUGCAACUUUUGGUGUACUGUAUAAAUAUAUCGUAAUUGUUAUUUCUGAAACAUUAUUAAGAAUAAACAUAAUAUAUUUUAUAUUAAGAAAUUGGGGAUUUUUUAUUGUCAAUGCCAUAAAAAUGAGAAUGUGAAUUUUCUGUUACCUGUAAUCUACAGCCCAUCUGCAUAAAGUCCAUGCAAUCAAAGCAAUACAUAGUGAAGAUCACAAAGAAAGAAAGAAAGAAAGAAAGAAAGCUAAUCCAUGACAGUAAGUAUUGAAUAA